UUAGUACACUGUAUUGCCAAAAGAGCAAAGAGUCCACCGUCCAGCCUCGCUGCUGAUGCCUGCUACCCGGAAACAUUAGGAGGGCCGGAAAGGACCGAUGUUUGGGGAGCACACGUCAUUCACUUUUUUUAACCCCCAAAUAAUUAUCGACCACCACCAUUCCAACCUUUUCCACCGGCUAAUAGUGUUUCUAAGCCCCAUUCUUUGCUUGAGUUGGAUGCGGAAGGACGACGGCAUUAUCGGUCUAUGAUUGAUUUCCGUGCAGAGGGAGACAGACAGGCGGGCAAACGGGUUGCCGGACUUGCAUUAGCCUUUUGGCUCGGCGUUGUUGAAAAUGGCUCUGGCUAAGCACUGGAACACGGCACGCAGCAAUGGAAACGAGCGCUAGCUGCUAGCCCGUGGCUAAUAGCUAGCUCGGCUCGAAGAAGAAGAAGGCGUGACAGGCCGCAUCCGUCUUUCACGUUCUCCACGACCAGCAGCAGCGGGAUUGAUGCUUUACCCGAAGAUGCGAAUCGGCCCAAACUACGAUAAAACAAAUCCCUCGCUCAUCACUCGGGGGAGCUCGUUGUGCAAAAGCUCCGUAGGAUCGAUUGGAGGAAACGGUAAGAAGUGAAGAGCGUCAGGGUCUUCUUGGCUGAAGACAGAUGAGGAUUCUCACUUAGAUCAAGGGAAAUGUCAAAGCAGUAACUCGCAAAGGAAGCAAGAGGAAGUCGAUUUGAGCCGCUUUGGUAGAAAUUAUUCGAGGCAAGUUUGAAAUUAGGCGGACCACUUUUUCUAUUUUUUUCUUUUUUUUUUUUUUUAAAUACUUGUGAGCUUCCCAGCUACUCCACUGCUUUUGGAAGUAAAUUGUGAGCAGUGGAUGAUCGCGGGUACCAAUUUUGUUCAGUCCAGAUAGGAAACUUUGAAGUGACUUUCAAGCGUCUCUGGAUAAAACCUUUUUGACAGAAGCGUCUUUAGGCUUUUUUUUUUUUUUUUUUGUCAUUGAUGUUCCUCCCCUUACUUCACGACUCUGUGUUGGGACUCUUGUUGCUGCUCUAAGCACUGGAGGUUUGACUUUGCACUCGGCCCCCCUCGCCCGCCCCCUCUCCCAUGUGAGUGGGGAAAUGUUCCAGUUUGGAAAAUACAAUUUGGACAUAAUCGAGAUGUUAAGUGGGCACCAGGCCCACCAGUUUAAAGGCCUUGGUUUAGACCGACAACUGCAGCAUCAGCAGCAAGUGCAACUCCACCAGCACCAACUCCAGCAGCAGCAGCAGCAGCAGCAGCAGCAAGCCGAGUCGUCUGGAGCUCUUCUGUCCGGACUUGGCUUGGGCCCCCUGCAGGGGUCAAGAGGUAACGCCUUUUCUGAUUCCGCCUCCAUUUUUGCCAAGAUGAGUGCCCCUCCUCCCCCGCCUUUACAACAGCAGCCCUCCUCGUCCCAGAGCUCUCGUUCAAAGUCCAGCAAGAUGAGCAGCAGCGGCGGCAGCGGCAGCGGCGGCUCAAGCCAUUCUUCAGGCUAUCCGCAGUUCCUGCGCUCUUUCCACCCGUCUGAGGCAGCAGUAGCGCAGGAGCCGUUGCACCCGAGCGCAGGCCGCUUUGAGCACUUUGCCGGAGGAAGUAGCAGCAGUGCGAGCGCCGGGGGAUUAGGAGGAUUAGUCACGUCCGCGCCUCCGCCCCCGCCUCCUCUGCAUCCCGGCCUCUCUGUCGCCCAAGCAUCGUCCGGCCCCUCCUCGUCCUCCCCUUCCCCUUCGACCUCGGCGGCCACCUCUAGCAGCAGUGCAGUCAGCUCCUUGGGACACCAGUUGGUGGGGGCCCAGUCCGAUGCACGCAGCCUCCACCAACAGUUUAGUUGCAUGCUAGCGGCUAAUCAGUACUUCCUGUCUGGGGUGCCCGCUAACGCUAGUUUAGAGCAGUUUCUCGUUCAACAGGGUAGCCAUAAUCAUUUAGGGAUCGGUUUAAGUCAGGCCGCCGGGGAAGCUAGCCUCGCUCCGCCCCCGGCGCUGCAUUCCUCUCACUCGCAUAGCCACUCGGCUUCGCCGUCGCAGCAGGUUCCGCCGCCGGCCGGCCAGCAGCAACAGCUUCCGCCUCACGCCCUUUCUCAUCCUCACUCUCACUCUCAUCCUCACCACCCGCUGCACCCCGGGUCCCAGCCCUCGUCGCUGGGCGGCUUUGACUUUCAAGGCAUCCCCGUGCUCUCCACCAAUCAGAUCGCUUCGCUGAUGCAGCAGGAAGGAGGUUUGCCGCUUCCCUUGCCGCUUCACCUGUCCUUGUCUAAGGAUGACGGUAAAGCGGAAAGCGCGGGCGGUGGAACCGGCGGCGGCGCUAGCGCGAGUAGCAGUAGGAGGAAGAAAGCGAUGGCCGGCUAUUUGCCCCAGAGAAAAUCGGAAAGCACGAGCAAUGGCCCCGGUAACCCGAGCGCGAGUGCUAGCAACGGAGCGCUUAGCCAUAGUCAGCCCCCGGCGUUAAUCGGAAGUGGGCUGGGCUUGUCCAAUCUGGGCGGAGACCCCUCAUCCCUGCUUGCUUCAUCAUCCUCAUCCGUAGUUUCUUCUUCCUCCUCCUCCUCCGCUCCCUCUUCCUCCGCCGCCUCGGUGCCGCUUACUAACGACUCUCUCCUUUCUAAAUCCGAUAACCUGGGCUCCAUACAAGCUCACCCCCCAGAGUCCGACCCCGAGUCGAUUUAUAGCUGCGGAGAGUGCGGCAAACGCUUCCCGCACCUCUCCAGCCUGCGCAGGCACAUGCGCAUGCACGAGCCCACCGCAGCCGGCACCAGCAAAUGCGCCGCGGCUUGCCCCAAUCCCGUGCACAUUAAAAGUCAGUGCCACCCCACCCCGCCUCAUUCGACCCGAGAAACCCCCCGGCCCGUGUCCAAUCGUUGCCCGAGCCCAGACAAAAUAUUUCAUUGCCCCGAUUGCGGGAAAGGCUUUAAGAAAAAAGGACACCUCCUGCAACACGGUGUCCUGCACUCCUCGGCCCGCCCGUACGGCUGCCCCACCUGCUCUCGGGCUUUUAAUCGUAGGGAGUCACUGACACGGCAUGAGAAGAUACAUGAGGAAAAGCCAUUCCGAUGUCCUGCCUGUGGUCGUGCCUUCCGCGAGAGCACCUCUCUACUCAACCACGCCGCCUCGGGCACCUGCGGCAAGCCGGGCAGGGGACCCAAACAACGAGGCGGCAAGCCGGCAAGCGAUGGCGAGGACGGGAUAGGGGGAGGUCGCGGAGGAGGGGGAACUUAUCCGAGCAAUAGGGGGGCGGUUUAUGGCAAAACGGAGGAGAAGGAGGAGGGUGGCGUUAGCGUUGUCGGGGAAGGAGAGCAAAAAUCAGGCGUGGGAUGUGAUCUGUUUCAGUCGGCGAGGGGGGGGGAUUCAAAUGACAGGGACAGAGGCGACGCGAAAUACCCCACUGACUACUCUCGGAAUCGUUACACAGGCUACCAUGAAGACCACCGUUCUCAAGGUAAUCCGUCUCCAUGCUACUCGGGCGCAUCCCCCUGCGGAAGCGGGAUGGCCGGCGGCCCGGCCCUGAGAAAGGCACCCCUGGCCCCGACCCUGCACCCGCACUCUCAGAGCCACAACCAGCACCAUCAUCCGCAGCAGCCGCAGCAGCAGCAGCAGCAGCAGCCCCCCCACCUGCCCCUCUCCUCCCUCCUGGAUGACUCGGAGGAUGAUGUCACUAGCUCCGUCAAUAACGCAAUCUCCGCCAUCACCGCGGCCACGGGAAAUCGAGACGACCGGGGCGACAUCAUAGGAGGUCUACUCGGGGGGCUCGGUCUGGGCCCCCUGGGCUCGCCGUCGACCUCCGGCAUGGACAAGAAUUUCCGAGGCGCCGCCGCCGCCGGCAACCAGGAGGCGUUGGCCAACGAUCCGCCCAAUCCCGCCGCCAAGCCCAAACGUCCCCGCAAGCCCCGAGCCAAGAAGGACCCGUCGGCCGACGGGCAGCCCCCCAAACGUAGGCAGUACACGCCCAGGAUGGGAACCGGCGGGCUCCCUCGCACUCACCUCUGCAGCGUCUGCGGCAAGGGUUUCGCGCGCCGCGAGACCCUUCGCCGGCACGACCGCAUACACACGGGAGAAAAGCCUCACCACUGCACGGUGUGCGGCAAGUAUUUCCGCGAGGCGUUCCACCUUAGCAAGCACCAAACGGUUCACUCCGGGGCGAAGAAUUACAAGUGCAGCAUCUGCGGGAAGGAGUUUGGCUACUCGCAGAGUCUCCGGCGGCACAGCAAGCUCCACCAGAAGGGGGAGAUGGAAGAGGUCCCCGCCACGCCGGCGGCGCCGGAGAACCUGAACAGCUUUAAUCCCAACCCUCAAUGCGCCGUGAGCCAAGACGGGGGCCAGAACCAAGUCGCGAGCACCUCCUCCUAUUACCCCUACCCUCAAGAUGUCAAGCCUCACGAUUCGCAGCCCCCGGCUCGCCUCUACACCUGCGCCAUCUGCUGGAAGUCCUUCCGCCACCACUUCCACCUGACCGCUCAUCACCAGACGGUUCACGAGGGAGGGGGCGAAAAGCAUUUCUGCUGCGAGGUAUGCGGGAAGGCCUUCGCUUACUCCAACAGCCUGACCCGACACCGGCAGUCGCAGCACGGAAUCACCCGCGGGGAGCCGCCGAAUCCUCAAGAUGGCGGCGGAGGAGGCGGCGCAGGCAGCGGCUCCUCUGCGGACAACAGGGGGGGGAGCGACGUGAACCAGUCGGCGUCGGAGAGCGAGGCCGCCACCAACGCCCUGCUGCAGAUGGCCCCGGCCGUCGACGGCCACGGGCCUCCGAGUCUGAACGUUGUCGCUCACGGCCACCCGCAGGUGGCGCCGCCGCCGCAGCAGCCGCCGGCCGGCUAUUCGCCUCUCUUUUAUGACGCCGCGGCGGCCCAGUCGUCGUCCUCCGCCGCCCAGUCCUACUCGCAGCCCCUGCCCCCCAAUUCCACCGUCAUGCCGCCCCACCACCCGCACUCCCCCGCCGGGGUGAAAGGCGAGCACAUCUACCCGGCCGGAUCCCGCAGCCGCACCCUCCACACCACGGCCCCGUUCCAGCCCCUCACGGAACUGCCCUCCGCCGAACAUCACCAUCUGCAUCAUCAUCAUCAUCACCACCCCCACCUUCAUCCUCCUCAUCAUCAGUCGGGCGUCCAGCCCCAGCAACAGCUCGACUGCAGCCACCCGUCGCCGCACGAUGAGAUCAGACGACGCAAGAAGAAAAAAAAAAAGUCCGAUAGGAGAGAGCGGCAGGGAGCGACUCGGUACCAAUCCCAAGACUUAGUCCGAUUCGACGGCGGCCACAAGAAGAGAAAGAUAAGUUGCACGGUCAGGGGGCGGCCGGACAAAAAACAAGGCUCGCUUCGCUUGACGAUUAGGCGGGGAGAAGGAUCUGGCGGCGGCGGGUAUAAACUUGUCCACAGCGGGGGUGUCAAGGUUCAGGUCCUGUCGUCCUUAAAAGUUCCCGUGAAGCGUUUUGGCUGUCCUAUAUGCCCCGGUUCGGUGUUUUCCCGCAAAGCGGGGCUGCUCGUCCACAUGGCAAUUAGACACCCGCAAAAAGCCCAAAGCACUCGAGAGCGACUUCGCUGCGCCGUAUGCGGCAAGCAGUCUCGGAGACCCCUGGCGGCUUUCGUCCAUCGGGCUUCUCAUCGCGCCACGGGGACCUUCUCCUGCCGGUGCUGCCCGGCUCGCUUCUGGAACGCCGUCCUCCUCCGAAGGCACGAAGGAUCCUGCGGCCGAGGGAGCGCGGCGAGGCCGCCGACGCUCUUAAAGAGACAGCCCCGAGAUGGUGCUCAGGGUGACACGCCGUACCACCCGCUCGGAUCCACGUACAGAUACUGAGCCCCCCCACCCCCCCCGAUGACAAAAAAGGGACUAGGAUUGACACUCUGCUGAGUCGAGAACCGAGUGUGGUCACAACUACUGUAAAAGCAUCCAAUGAAAUCACCCGAAAUGCUUCCAGAUUCUUUUGGAAUGUCUUUCAAAAAAAAAAAAUGUGACUGUUUCCAUAGGAUCACUAACCCCUUAAGUGCAUUGACACUACGCUCGGCAGACACUGUGCGGUCACACGGCAACUUUAGAUAACCUUCCCUGCACACGUAUCGCUCCUCCUAACCCGCACAGCUUUAUUAUUAUUAUUUUUAUUUUUAUUUUUUUUUGCUCUAUGAUAAACUGUGUCUCUGCUGUGUACUUUGUAUGGUUCAUGUAGCACCUCCUGAGGAUUUUUAUUUGACAUUUUAACAUGUAAAGUGCUUUUUUAAUUAGGAACUAGGGACUUUGGGAUGAAGACAUUUGUCGAUAGUCUUGUCAGUUGCAUGUUUGUUCUCCGGUCGAGUUUUUUGCUGAGAUGAUAUGUGAUGGCUUAUUCAAGUAUAUCCCGGAAGUUUGUAGUGUCAAUUUGAUAUACACCCCUAGUGAUUAUAAUCACAUAUAGAUAAAAACAUGUUGGUGGUAAUUAGUAUCGAGGGUCUCUCGCUCACUCACCCCGCCCCUGCCAAAGUGAAGAAACGUACAAAAAGCCUUGCUUUUUACGUUGGCUUCAUUGAUUUGCAUUUUUCUUUUGUUCCUUAGCUUUUAUACCAAGGGAUAGAGCGCAAGGUACAGUAAACAAACUAUAACGCGUUUGUCUCGUGUUAUUUGUAUGCUCUUUUUUAGCAGUGACUCUUUCUACCAGUGCUUCACUUUGUGUUUAAGACAAGGACCUAUUCUCGGAAGAGCAAAACGUACUCUUCCGCAUAUUUAUGUACGUAACCGUAUUCAUACCAAUCGUAGGCUGACCCCCCGCAACCUUUUAGUGUGUGCUGAGUCGCAAUCAUCAUCUGACCGUCGUGCUUUUUAUUUUCUUCUAAAAAAUGUUCAUUUCCUCACAUGAAAUUUCCAUGUCUGUUUCAUGCCUUUUUUUUUUCUUCUAAAGAAAAAAUCUAUAGUUUUAGUAGAUUUCUAUCACUUUAUUUACUGAAAAGCCAGUAGUUGAUUAUAUUUGAAAUGAAUAAACCUUGUGUGUAAUAAA